AUGCCACGACAUAUUAUUGACCUCACAUUGGAUGAUGAGCUGCCGUGUUGGGGAACUGAGAGGUCAACGACCGCCCAGCCAGACCUGGAGUCGAUCGCAGAUAUCGAUGUUGAAAUCAUGGACACCAUGAUAGAUGAGCCAUCUCACGGAACAUCAAGCUCCAUGUCGUCCGAUUCAUUCGAAUUUGACAUGAGCCGUACGUGGUCUCCGGUGGAGGAUUCGAAAGUCAACACAUCUUCCUGCUUGUCCAGUCCUGUUCUAGGAAUAUGCCCCAGGUUUCCUAUGGACUUGACAGAUGAUGACAAUCAAAGCAGCUUGAAUGGUGAUAACAACAAUCAUCAGAGUCUCAUUGACCUGACAAUUGACCAAUUGGCAGUGCGCUUGGAUGAUGUUUGCCCAAUUGUUCAGCUUGAAGACAACUCCUCUGGGACUGCGACACCCCGGCAUGGCCAGGAGACACCUGAUGUUCCAACCGUUAUUGACGAGAAUAACGUAAAUAUCGGGCAAUCAGUGGAGCUGAAUGAUGGAAGUUUUCUAUAUAUAGAAGAAAUCAUGUGUCGUGGUGGUUUCACUUCUUAUAUGGGCAGAUAUUUGAAACGCACAACGAUGCUCACUGACCCAUCGGGAAUUCCUCAAAUUCGUGGUGAGCUCGUCUGGUUAGUUCAUAUGUCUGAUCCGGUUCCAUUCAGCGAGAUAAGACAAUUUCGUCAUAUUCGUUUCAGCAACAGUCGACCUGGACAAUGGCUGGAUCAUGGGGAUCUGAUAUGCAGACUGAAAUUCACUAUCAGGGAUAGAAAUCAAAUUCGGAACCCGAGGUCAAAUCAGACGGUCCCGCAAUGCGAUCAAGAAUUCGCAGUUGAGUAUUUGACAUGGGAGGAGGUGACGGCUACUUCUCACCCUGCUCGCAAGGCCAAGGAAUUGCGGGAGAGCUGGCGAGGCCGAAACCAGACUAUCCCUUUUGGAGCCGACGAGCGGGCCAGGAGGCCUUCACCUUUGGUGAUAGAUGUCGACAGUCCGCUCCCACCGGGCAUAGAUCUCGACGAUGUUCGCAACCGGACUUAUACCUUUGGCGAUUCCUACUGUGGUGCUGGUGGUGCUUCUUGUGGUGCGCGUCUGGCUGGAUUUGCGUUAACUUGGGCAGUUGACAAAGACAAGCACGCAGUUGAGACAUACCGUACUAACUUCCCAGAGUCACUGGUCGAACAUUCCGAGUUUAACGAUUUCAUGACAAAUACCCAUGAAGACCUUCGUGUCGAUGUUUGUCACACAUCGCCUCCAUGUCAGCCUUUUUCACCUGCUCAUACCAUCUCCAACGAAGUACGCGAUGAGAUGAACUCGUCUUGCAUUUUUACUUCGCGUGAUCUAAUCAUGAGUGCCCGUCCUCGGGUUCUGACCAUGGAGGAGACAUUCGGUCUGCAGGGUCGACACCGCGGGACCCUCCACCGGAUUAUCAUGGACUUCAUCGAAGUCGGUUAUUCAAUUCGCUGGGGCGUUUUGGACUGCGUGAAUUAUGGGGUUCCUCAAAUGCGUCGGCGAUUGAUUAUCAUUGCAGCAGGCCCGGGUGAACAACUCCCGAAACUCCCAGUCGCAACGCAUGGACCGUGGGGAUCAUUUUUGCACCCAUUCGCGACGAUCAACAGCACCAUUAGCGACAUUCCAGAAGAUGCUCUUGACCACGAUGUCGAGGGCCUCUCAGAGCGUAGCCGAUAUGCAUUCAGGAGUCCGUAUGAUGGUAACCAGCCAGCCCACACGCUCACAUGCAGUGGAGGACAAGCGAACUACCACCCGAGCGGCAAGAGAAGCUUUACAGUACGUGAAGCUGCCUGCCUCCAGACCUUCCCGAUGGACUUCCAGCUCUGCGGCCGAUCCCGGCGGAAGCAAGUGGGGAACGCAGUUCCCCCGCUGUUCGCAGAAGCGAUCUUUCGGGAAGUGCGUCGCUCACUGAGGGAGACUGAUGAGAAGGAGUUAACAACAGAAGGGCAUGUGAUGGCGGUAGAUUGA